AAAGAAGAAACUUAUGACCAACCGUUGCAAGAAACUCACGAACCAACCAUUGCGACCAACCAUGCAAGAAUUCAAGAUUCCUAUGUUUUAGAAAUAAAGCUCCACUACAAGGGAAAGGCCGAUGAUUUCUUUUUUGCGGAAAUCAUGGUGCCAGUGAUUUUUCGUGAAAGUCAAAGGCCUGUACCAGCGGAGUGGUUUCAUCUUGAAGAAGAUCGAGCUCAAAACGACAUUGUAUUUAUGGAAUCCUAA